AUGAUACGACCGAGCGUUUCAACCGACUCGCCCAUCGAGGAGCAGCCUGCCAUCGGCGUCAUUGGCAUGGGCGCGAUGGGCACCAUGUAUGCGCACUAUCUCGCUCUGGGAGGUUGGAAGAAAAUAUAUGUUUGUGACCAGCCAAGCGGAUACGAGGCGCUCAAGGCAAAGUACGAAGGACACGAGAGCAUCACUGUGCUCCGGGACGGGCAUCUUGUCUCACGGAUAGCAGACUUCAUCAUGUAUUCCGUCGAGGCGGAGUACAUCGAGCGUGUCGUCGCUGAGUACGGUCCAUCCACAAAAUACGGAGCCAUCGUCUCGGGGCAGACAUCUGUCAAGGCCCCUGAGAAGAUCGCGUUUGAAAAGUACCUUCCUCCGGACGUGGAGAUCGUGUCAUGCCAUUCACUACAUGGACCGACGAUAUCCCCGGUUGGCCAGCCACUAGUUCUGAUCCAACAUCGUGCAUCGGACGACUCUCUUCACCUCGUUGAGAACAUCUUGCGGCCACUCAAGUCACGCUAUGUCUAUCUCUCCUAUGAAGACCAUGAUGUUGUUACAGCAAACACACAAGCUGUGACCCACGCGGCAUUCCUGAGCAUGGGCUCGGCAUGGUCGAACGAGAUGGAAUACCCCUGGGAGACAGGCAACUACGUGGGCGGUAUUGAGACCGUCAAGGUAAAUAUCAUGCUCCGCCUCUACUCAAACAAGUGGCACGUCUACGCCGGACUCGCGAUCCUGAAUCCCUCCGCGCGCAUGCAGAUCAACCAGUACGCGCGCAGCACGACCGAGAUCUUCAAACUCAUGCUCGCCGCGGACGACGCCUCGCUCCGCCGCCGCAUCUAUGAUGCCCGCGACAAGGUCUUUGGCGGUAAGGCCAAGGACGGCUCCGUCACCACACGCGCGCCGAUCCUCCUUUCCGAGGACAUCCUCGACCGCUUCACCCUCGGGCAGCGGCCGUCUCGUAGCAACGGCAACGGCAGCUGCUCGCCGCAGGACAAGAAGGCGAACUCGCACCUCUCGCUGCUCGCGAUGGUGGACUGCUGGGCGCGCCUCGACAUCCAGCCCUUCGUGCACCUCGAUCUCGCCGCGACGCCCAUCUUCCGCAUGCUGCUCGGCGUGUCCGAGUACCUCUUCCGCUCACAAGAGCGCCUCGACAAUGCCAUCAAUGCUGCGCUGUACGACACGACCUACCGCGCAAACGACCUCGAGUUCGUCGUCGCCGCCAGGGGAUGGAGCCAGUGCAUAUCGUUCGGCAGCUUCGAAUUGUAUCAACAGCGGUUCAUGGCGGCGUCGAACUUCUUCGAGCCUCGGUUUGAGGACGCCACAAAGUUGGGCACGGCGAUGUUGCAAGCAAUCUCGGAUAGCUCUCGGUCGUAG